AAGAAAGAAAAGAAAAGAAAAGAAAAGAAAAGAAAAGAAAAGAAAAGAAAAGAAAAUAAAAGAAAAGAAAGAGUGGUUGGGGUCUCAAAGGCCACCAUCACUGUGCUUGCUCCAGUACAGCCACAGUGCUCACAUCAGUUUUGGUAUUUGAUGUCCAGUGUUUGCCAGCCCAGCUGCAAACCUCUCAUCCACUCUCUGUCCACACUGGCCAGAUCUGAGAGUUGGUGUUUGUGUUCCUGCAUGUCACAUUCCCUGCUGCAGUCCCACAUGGGACUGCUAUUCCUGCCUUGCUGCCCCUGGCAGAUUGGCACAGCUGCUGUGCUCUGCAGGUGUUUCCAGCAAAGGCAAUGGAAAUUUGGCUGCACCCUUCAGUCAGAGCAGGAGGGGGCCCAGCUGGCUGCAAGUUAUGGCCAAAGUCUUAGGACUUGAUUUAAUUUGUCUUUGCAAAUAGAUUUAUAUUAGAAGUGCCUGGGUUUAGUUUCCUGUCCUUGAAUCAUACAUUUAGCUCAGUAGUGGUCCUGCUCUGUGUGUUGCUUGCUUGCUUUUAUGUCAAAGGUGUUGUACAUGUGCUGGAGGGCACACAGAAUAUUGGAGCAGACCUUCAGCUGCUCCCCCAGCAUUACUCAAGUUAAUGGUGCUAAGGGGAAAAAAGGAGGUGAGGAUGCAGCAUCAUUUCUGUGGUAGCAAACAAACCCACAGGUGCUUGUGUAUCAAAAUCCAGAUGAAAGCAUCCUGCUGGCAAAAACUAUAGAGAAUGGUAAUAUCAGGUAGUUAAGCCACAGAUACAGCUGGAAAAAGCAAGCAUGCUCCUCAGUGUGCUGUCAGUAAUUACAGUAACAUCACUGGCCCUCUGCCAACUCCCACUGCCUAACCCCCAAAGAUCUGUCACAGCCACAAGGGCACUGGUUUGACAGAUGUAGGGAGAUACUGCUGAGGAUGUACAGGGAAGAAGGAAGGUCUUCAUUGUGAAUCACGUGUUGUUGCUUUUAAUCUUUGCCAGUGUUUAUGCUGUUCCACACAGUUAAAUUAGCUGCUGUGCAAAACCUCUUAACUUCCAUUUUAAGGGAAGUAAUCUCCCAUGAAGAGAGAGAUGGAGAAAUCAGAGGUCUGCAUCUGAAUCCCUUUAGUUGCUGUAUUUGGUUUGUUGAUGAAUUGGUCAGUGCUUUAGGUUAGCUUGAAAACCAUCUGGUCUCCUAUUCAAACUUUUUAAAUAUUAUUUUAAUUUUUAAAAAGUGCCAAAGACAUUCAACUUCCACAAAGAAAGCUUGCAGAAAAAUAGGAAGUUCCUGCUCUUCAGGAGAGACCUACUGCUACUGAUGUUUGAGACAUCCCUACUGGGUUUUGAUGGAAGAGAAAGGAAGCUCAGAAUGACAAAAUAGAGAAAAGGUGGCUGCUGGAAGAGCAUGAAGAGAGAUACUGGCAGAGGAGAGCCUGAAACUGUUCAAUUUUAAGGAUCAGUGUAGGCAGAACAGACUGGAUGCAGCUGAAAAAUUUGGAUUAUGACUCAUAUCUACAAAUCUUGUCUGGCGUCUUGCAGAGGACUUGGUAAUUGUGCUGCUGAAACAUGCAGUCUUUUGAGAAGUUUGCACCCCUCAGAAUCAGGAGUGCUGCAGCUCUGUGCACUGCUCACUUCCAGUGGAUCAUGGAUAUGAGUAUCCAUGGCUUCCUCAAGCAUUAUCCAGUUUUCUGCCAUCUGAGCUAACAAACUGAGAGAAGGAUGACUGGGGAGGAAGAGAGGUGCCAGCACAGUUCCAGUGGAAAAAGACCAUACUGAAGAAAUGGUAACCCGGUGCAUUGUGGAGGUUCUGUCCAACGCUCUCUCUAAGCCAAAUGCACCCCCCAUUAAUCCUGAAUGCAAAGAAAUCCUGAAGAAGAGUGAUAAAAAUGACAGAGAGAGAAGUGAAAACAAACAGCCUGAAGUGAGGCAUCCAAAGGACCCAGCAGAGACUGAAAAACAUCCUACUGGGAGCAUGGAGAAAGAACAAAGGCAGGCAGGAGAGGAAUCCAAAAAGUACAUGGAAGGAGGUGAUGAGGAGAAACUUGCUCAUGAGGAAGGUGAAAGCAAGGAGGAGGAAGCUGGACACAACACACCUGCUCGGGAUGAGACACUUCACAUGGAAGAAAGAAAGCACUACCAGGAAAUUGGGAGAGAGGAGGAGAGGAAUUACCACAGUGAAGAGGAAAGCAAAGAGGGCAAGUGUUGUGAGGAUGUAGAGGCUGCUGUUCUCACCAAGAAGUCCCACUCUGAGGGCAUGAGCGUGGAUGAGUUCCGUGGUGGGAAUGAUCAGAGCCCCAGGGGCCGCUGGCACCUGGAGGAGGGAAUGCAGAGCCCUUCCAAACAAAUUCAGGAAGGUGAAAAGGGAGAGGAAGAAAGGAGUGAGAAAUACCACCAUGAGUCUCAGGAACGUGGUUUCUCCCACCAGCAGGAGCGUGAAGAAUCUGAGGAGAGUGAAGAAAGGGAGGAGGGAAAGGAACCCUUCAAAGGCAAAGGUUAUCAUGGGAAGCACAGGGCAGGUGACUCCUAUGAAGAAAAGAGGGGCCAUGGUGGUGAGAGGGGGGAACCAGCAGGGGGAUCACACCCAGGGGAGGCCAAUCUCUGGGAGCAGUGGAAGCACCGACAGAAGCAUCAGGAAGAGUCUGAGGAGAAGGGUGGCUCUCCUGGGAGGCAUGAGCCUGAGGAGCUGCAGGAGGAGGGGCCUGCAGAGCAGGGCAGUGAGGAGCACAGGGACAGCUGGCAGCAGAGCCAGGAGAGCAGGGAAGAGGAAAACAAGAGGCACCACCACAGUGAGGAGAGCAGUGAGAAGUGGCACGAGGAGAGGAGGCAGCACGAUGGAUCCCACCAUUCUGGGGGCAGGGUGUACCUUGGUGAUGAAAACCAGGAGGAGCUGGCCAGGUACCUGAGCAAGGAGAGGCAGCACCGUGUCGGAGGGAGAGCCCGCCUAGGGAACAGGCAGCAGGAAGGGUCCCAGAAGGCUCGAGAGCACAAGGGACAGGCCAGUAGGCACUACAGUACUGAGGACAGCCUGGAGGAGGAGGAGGUGGAAAAGAAGCAUCACAGCAGUGACCAGGUGGAAAAUGAAGAGGAGGAAAGGUUUGCAGAGAGGGAAGAGUACAGAGGCCAUCUCCCCGCAGAGAAAGAGAAGAGAACCGCAGCAUCCUACAGGCCUUUCUACCCACUGCUGUGGUGGAAAAGCCAGCACUUGGACAAAAGGGACAGUGCAGGGGAGCAGCUUCUGGAGGACAGGGAGGAAGGCAGGCCUGCCCUGAGUGAGAAGAGCCUUUUCCCUGAGUACAAUGACUAUGAGUGGUGGUCAGAAAAGCAAAUCCAGAAUGCUCUGAAGCACAAGCGCAGUGAAAAGAGGAAUCCUGGCAAAACGAACAGAUACGAUGUGGAAAGGCAGUACAACAAGAUGGAUCAACUUGCACAACUUCUGAACUACAGGAAGAAGUCAGCUGAACUCCCAGGGCUGUACAGCUCUGGAGAAGAGCUGAAGAAGCGUCAUGUGGCUGGAAAUGACAGAAGGAGCCUAAGCCAGAGGCCCCUGACGGAAGAAGAGGAAAAGCAGCUGGAAAACCUGGCCACCAUGGACCUGGAGCUGCAGAACAUAGCAGAGAAGAUCAACAGCCUCAGGAGAGGCUGAAGGUGUCCUGCAUUCUGUGGUAAAGUCACUGCCACUGGAUUGUUGUUUGCCCUAAACCCAGGAAAUUCUAUUCACUGUCCACUCUUGUGUAGUGAUUUACACAGCUGAAAGUGUCUUUAAUUUGCUGUUAUGCUCCUGAGACCUGAAUGGCAUGAAUUUUAGUAACAUAACCUUUCAUGUGGGCAGGUAUUUUUAAUAUGCUUUUGGAGAUAAUUGUGUUAGUGUUCUUCAGGAAUAUAUUUGUCUGAGUUUGCAAUAAUAAAAACCAUUGAUCUUGGACCAAACCUU